UCUCAACCACCAACCCUCCGCCGAUCUCACAUCUCUCCGCUGUUGCCCUUCCCCACUCGUCCCCUCUCCUUCUCCCGUUCGCUCGAGUCUUGGUCCGCCAUCAUCGGACAGACCACGGUCUCUCAUAUAUAUAUAUAUCUUACUACUUUCGUGACUCGCGAGCUUUCCACAUCUUUUCCGUACCCCUUGGCAUCGACUUUCCUUCACUUUGGCGUCCGUGUCCACCCUACAAUCCUUUCCCGUCAAACGCUGCAUCUCCACCAAAAUGCAGUUCACUCGUCUGUUGUCCGUGGCGGUCUUCGUCGCAGCGUUCGCUGCCGUGGUGUCUGCCACCGUAGAGACGCCCGAAAAGCUUCCUCGCAUUUCCAGACGUUCCGCCGACCGUGACGAGGUCCUUGCGCGCACAAUGUACGCUCGCCAGGCCCUGCCGCUUCCCUCCGUGGACCCAUUCUACAACGCAACUGAGGACGAGCUCAAUCGCAGCAAGCCGGGAGACGUUCUCAAGACACGUCCCAUCUCCUCCUCGUCUUACUCUUUCACAUUCAACGGUCAGCUCAUCGACCUGAACCAAAACGUUCAGUCUGCCACUCAACUGCUCGUUCGCUCCACCGACCAAUUCGGCGGAGCAAGCACCACCGUUGCCACCGUCCUUGUUCCCUACAACGCCCUGUCCAACCCUCGCCGUGUCCUCGUCUUCCAAUCUGCCGAAAACUCCGCAUCCAAGGACUGCGCUACGAGCUACAAGCUCACCAAGGGCAGCGGUCGCGGCGACUACGAUGUUGCCAUCGAGCUCGUCUUUGCUAACCGUGAGCUCAGCCAGGGCUACAUUCUUGUAUUCACCGACUACGAGGGACCCAAGGCAGGCUUCUCCGUUGGCAGGCUUGCCGCACAGGGUGUUCUCGACGGUGCUCGCGGAGGCUUGAACCGGCUUGGCAUCAACCUCAACUCUGGCUCUCAAAGGGAUGCCCGUGUUGCCUUCUUUGGCUACUCUGGUGGUGCCCUUGCUACCUCGUGGGCCGUGCAAAACCAGGCCGACUACGCUCCUGACCUCAGCAAGUUCAUCGUCGGUGCUUCUUACGGUGGUAUCCCCGUGAACCCCAAGAACACCUUCCUGCUCCUGAACAAGCAACAGGCUGCUGGUGUCGCGUUCGCCGGUCUCGCGGGUACCGGAAACAUCUUCCCUGACUUCAACGCCUACCUGAACCAGCACGCUACUGCGAACGGAACCGAGCGCCUGAUUCAAUUCCGCUACACCCCCGGAUACUGCCUUGUCGACGCUGUCAAUGCUCUCCAAUUCCAAGAUGUCUUCUCUUACUUUGACCAGCCUCAAGACACCGUGCUCAACACCCCAGUCAUUGCCGAUGCUCUCGCGAAGAACACUCUGGGAUCCAGCCAAUUCAACCCCAGAAAGGCCCCGGCUUUCCCCGUCCGCAUUCACCAGGCCAUGAUUGACGAGAUCGUUCCUACUGCUGAUGUCGACAACUACGUCAACAAUGAGAUCUGCAAGAACAACUGGAACGUUCUCUACGUCAAGGAGCUUGUCGGCGAGCAUCAAUCUCUCGCCAUCACUGGCUCCCCCGCUGCCUUCGCUUGGCUGGACGACCGAUUCGCCGGCAAGAACGCUAACCUGAACGGCUGCCAAUUCCAGACCACCGCGAGCUCCUUGAUCAGCUGGCAGGCGUACCUCGUGUUCGGUCAAUCGCUCUUGAACCAGCUGCUGGCCAUCUACAACGCUCCUAUCGGCCCUCUUUCCCUCUUCGGCGAGAAGAAGGUCGGAAGCAACAACGGCUCCGUUCAAAAGGUCAGCCCAAGCAUCGUCAACUCCCUGUCCUCCUCUGCCGCCGUUUCGGGCACCUCGUCUGCUUCCGCCCCCAACGCCACCAACACUGGCGCGACCAAGCCCGUGUCAAACGCGACUCAGCCAGCGCAGACCUCCAACAAGCCUUGGUGGCAGAGAUUCGUGCCUUCUUGGCUCCAGUAAGAGACUCGGCACUCGCUGCCCGUCUCGACCGCAAGCUUUGAAACGCACCAGAACGGACUUCUCACGAGAACGCAUCUCAGUCUCCAAAUGCUAGACUCAAACACCACCGUCAUCGGACACAUCGCUACAUCACGCUCAUUUUUUCCCACUGCUCCGUCUUGCCUCUUCGCAUUCUUCCACUUUGCCAGCUCACCCUUGCGCCGCGCAAUGCCUCUUCUAUUCGCCUUCACAAAAAUUAGCCUCGCGCCAUUCUUACCCCCACCUUUCUACCCUUGCUGCCUCGCCGUCUCCUGUGCCGAUGCAAGCUCCUUCGCAGUCGAGCAGUCAAACGUGUAUUGUGCCAAACUCUUGCGCUUCGAGAUGGACCUCUAUUUAUCUCAGCCUGAUCAGUACAAUGCA